UUCUUCCUUGACCUGUAAUAUCCACUGUCCAGUAUAUUCUAUUCCUGAUUUUCUUGUUCUUCCCUCACAGCCUAGUGAUCAACGUUGCAUAUAUAUUAAGUUUUGAUUUAUCAUUUGUUUCCAAUGCCCAUUAUAAGACUACGAAAUCGAAGCCUGCAGCCAAGAGGGUAGUUGCAAAAUGGCCUCAUCAAAUGAUAAUCUCGCAGUGAUCAAUGCACUAGAUACAGCCCGUACCCAGUGGUACCAUAUCACCGCCAUUGUUAUUGCCGGAAUGGGCUUUUUCACCGAUGCAUACGAUCUCUUCUGCAUCUCCACCGUCUCCAAACUCCUAGGCCGCCUUUACUACUUCGACCCAACCACGGGGAAAACAGGGCAGCUCCCAACCAUCGUCAACAACAUGGUGGUUGGUGUAGCCCUAGUUGGAACCCUAAGUGGCCAACUAGUCUUUGGUUGGCUUGGAGACAAGCUCGGUCGCAAAAAAGUUUAUGGGAUCACUCUAAUUCUCAUGGUCACUUGUGCUAUUUUUUCGGGUAUAUCCUUUGGAUCCACUGCGAAAUCUGUGAUCGGCUGUCUUUGUUUCUUCAGAUUUUGGCUAGGAUUUGGCAUUGGUGGGGAUUAUCCUCUCUCUGCUACCAUCAUGUGCGAGUAUGCAAAUAAGAAAACCCGUGGGGCUUUUAUAGCAGCUGUUUUUGCUAUGCAAGGUGUAGGGAUUAUUUUUGCCGGACUGGUUUCAAUGAUUCUUUCUAAGAUCUUUCUCGGUAGAUUUCCAGCCAAGUCAUUCGAUGAAGAGCCAAUCCUCUCUACGCCGCCCCAGGCAGAUUUUCUUUGGCGAAUCGUGCUAAUGGUGGGUGCAUUUCCUGCGGCUUUAACGUAUCACUGGCGAAUGAAGAUGCCUGAAACUGGCCGGUACACAGCUCUUGUCCAAGGGAAUGCAAAACAAGCAGCCAUGGACAUGGGACGAGUUCUUGAAAUCGAAAUCGAAGAAGAACAGGACAAGGUAUUGCAGUUUAAGGCUGCUAAUGAAUACCCAUUACUAUCUAAUGAGUUUUACAAGCGUCAUGGGGUACAUUUGAUUGGUACCAUGAGCACUUGGUUCCUGCUGGACAUAGCCUUCUACAGCCAAAACCUAACCCAGAAGGAUAUAUACCCAGCAAUGGGAUUAGUAAAACAGGCUAACGAAGUUAAUGCUAUAGAGGAAGUCUUUGAAAACUCGCGCGCCAUGUUCAUCGUUGCAUUGUUUGGCACUUUCCCCGGUUACUGGUUCACCGUGGUUUUCAUUGAAAAUCUCGGCCGAUUCACUAUCCAGCUUCUUGGGUUCUUCAUGAUGUCGGUGUUCAUGUUAGUUAUGGGCAUCAAAUAUGAGUAUCUCAAAGAUCACAAGUGGCUCUUUGCACUUCUGUAUGGACUAACGUUCUUCUUUGCAAACUUUGGCCCAAAUAGCACAACAUUCGUUUUUCCAGCUGAAUUAUUUCCGACUAGGGUGAGGUCCACGUGUCACGCAUUGAGCGCGGCGGCAGGUAAGGCUGGAGCCAUGAUUGGAGCAUUUGUGGUUCAAUCGUAUACUUUGGAUGAAAGGGUGCCGAAGAUAAAGCAUGCUUUGAUGGUUUUGGCCUUCACGAACAUGCUAGGGUUUUGUUGCACGUUCUUGCUUCCUGAGACCAAAGGGCGGUCUUUGGAGGAGAUUUCUGGUGAAGAUGGUGGCCAAGAUGAGAGAUAUGUGACCGUUAAACCGCCUGCUCUCGUCAAAGAAAUCGCAAGGAAGAAAAUGCGUAGAGGUUAGUGUGCCUAGUACAUUAAUUGAAGAAUGUGACUACGUUUAAUAAAAUGAGCAAACGCAUACUUCAAAUGAUCAGAGUGCCAACAUUAUAACUUCAAUGUAGCUUUAUGAAGAAAAUUUAAACAUAAUUAUAUGAUUAUACAUUAUAUG